GGCAUCUAAGGUUUACUUCCGGGCGUCUCUUUUGCUUCCCCUCCCCUCCCUCACGUUUCUUCCCCAUCCCUUCUAACCCCAUUCCCUUCGUUUUCUUUCUUUCUUCUUCCUGUCGAGUUUGACCCCAGAGUGGUGAGUCUGGGUCUAUUUGGUGAAAAAGAGCUAUUGUAGCUGUGAGCGAGCAGAGGGCAACAGCAUGUCUGAGUGCAUUGGUUUGGAUGCAGCAACAGCUGCAGUUGAGUCUGAAGAGAUUGCAGAACUGCAGCAGGCAGUGGUUGAAGAGCUGGGCAUCUCUAUGGAGGAACUUCGUCAAUUCAUUGAUGAAGAACUGGAAAAGAUGGACUGUGUACAACAACGUAAAAAGCAGCUAGCAGAACUGGAGACUUGGGUAAUAAAGAAAGAAUCUGAGGUGGCCCAUGUUGAUCAGCUCUUCGAUGAUGCUUCUAGGGCAGUGACUAAUUGUGAGUCUUUGGUGAAGGACUUCUACUCCAAAUUGGGACUACAAUACCGGGAAAGUAGCUCUGAGGAUGAAGCUUCCCGGCCUACAGAAAUAAUCGAGAUUCCUGAUGAAGAUGAUGAUGUCCUCAGUAUUGACUCAGGUGAUGCUGGGAGCAGAACUCCGAAAGACCAGAAGCUCCGUGAAGCUAUGGCUGCCUUAAGAAAGUCAGCUCAAGAUGUCCAGAAGUUCAUGGAUGCUGUCAAUAAGAAGAGCAGUUCCCAAGAUCUACAUAAAGGAACCUUAAGUCAGAUGUCUGGGGAACUGAGCAAAGAUGGUGACCUGAUAGUCAGCAUGCGCAUUCUGGGCAAGAAGAGAACUAAGACAUGGCACAAAGGCACCCUUAUUGCCAUCCAGACUGUUGGCCCAGGGAAGAAGUACAAGGUUAAAUUUGACAACAAAGGAAAGAGUCUCCUGUCGGGGAACCAUAUAGCCUAUGAUUACCACCCUCCUGGUGACAAGCUGUAUGUGGGUAGUCGAGUGGUGGCCAAAUACAAAGAUGGAAAUCAGGUCUGGCUCUAUGCUGGCAUUGUAGCUGAGACACCAAACGUCAAAAACAAGCUCAGGUUUCUCAUUUUCUUUGAUGAUGGAUAUGCUUCCUAUGUCACACAGUCUGAACUGUAUCCUAUUUGCCGGCCAUUGAAAAAGACAUGGGAGGACAUUGAAGACAUCUCCUGCCGAGAUUUCAUAGAGGAAUACAUCACUGCCUACCCUAACCGCCCCAUGGUGCUGCUUAAGAGUGGCCAGCUUAUCAAAACUGAGUGGGAAGGCACAUGGUGGAAGUCCCGAGUUGAGGAAGUGGAUGGCAGCUUAGUCAGAAUCCUCUUCCUGGAUGACAAAAGAUGUGAAUGGAUCUACCGGGGCUCUACACGUUUGGAGCCUAUGUUCAGCAUGAAGACAUCCUCAGCUUCUACGUUGGAGAAGAAGCAAGGGGGACAGCUUAGGACACGUCCAAACAUGGGUGCUGUUAGGAGUAAAGGCCCUGUGGUCCAGUAUACCCAGGAUCUGACCAGUACUGGGACCCAGUUCAAGCCAAUGGAGCCCCCACAGCCUAUAGCUCUGCCUGCUCCUCCUGCUCCACCUGCCCCACCUCUAUCUCCUCAAGUAACUGACACUGACUUGGAAAGCCAGCUUGCCCAGUCGCGGAAGCAGGUAGCCAAAAAGAGCACAUCCUUCCGGCCAGGCUCUGUGGGCUCUGGUCAUUCCUCCCCUACAUCCCCUUCUCUCAGUGAAAAUACCCCUGGGAAACCUGGGCUCAAUCAGACAUACAGAUCACCUUUAGGUUCAACAGCUGCUGUCCCAACACCCCCAGUUCCGCUAACACCACCAGCCCCUCCAGCCUUCCUUGGCAUGCUAGAGAGGGCCCCAGCAGAACCCUCCUACCGUGCCCCCAUGGAGAAACUUUUCUACUUACCUCAUGUCUGCAGCUAUACUUGUCUGUCUCGGGUGAGACCUAUGAGGAGUGAGCAGUACCGAGGCAAGAACCCUUUGCUGGUUCCACUACUCUAUGACUUCCGUCGGAUGACAGCCCGGCGCAGAGUGAACCGCAAGAUGGGCUUUCAUGUUAUCUAUAAGACACCCUGUGGUCUCUGCCUUCGGACAAUGCAAGAGAUCGAACGCUACCUUUUUGAGACUGGCUGCGACUUCCUUUUCCUGGAAAUGUUCUGUUUGGAUCCCUAUGUUCUUGUGGACCGAAAGUUUCAGCCCUAUAAGCCUUUUUACUAUAUUUUGGACAUUACCUAUGGGAAGGAAGAUGUUCCUCUAUCCUGUGUCAAUGAGAUCGACACAACCCCUCCACCCCAAGUGGCCUACAGCAAAGAACGUAUCCCGGGCAAGGGUGUUUUCAUUAACACAGGCCCUGAAUUUCUAGUUGGCUGUGACUGCAAAGACGGGUGCCGGGACAAGUCCAAAUGUGCCUGCCAUCAAUUAACUAUCCAGGCUACAGCCUGCACCCCAGGGGGCCAAAUCAACCCUAACUCUGGCUACCAAUACAAGAGACUAGAAGAGUGUCUACCCACUGGGGUAUACGAGUGUAACAAACGCUGUAAAUGUGACCCAAACAUGUGCACAAACCGGUUGGUACAGCAUGGACUGCAGGUUCGACUUCAGUUAUUUAAGACCCAGAACAAGGGCUGGGGUAUCCGCUGCCUGGAUGACAUUGCCAAAGGCUCCUUUGUCUGUAUUUAUGCAGGCAAGAUCCUGACAGAUGACUUUGCAGACAAGGAGGGCUUGGAAAUGGGUGAUGAGUACUUUGCAAAUCUGGACCAUAUCGAGAGUGUGGAGAACUUUAAGGAAGGAUAUGAGAGUGAUGCCCCCUGUUCCUCAGACAGCAGUGGUGUAGACUUGAAGGACCAGGAAGAUGGCAACAGUGGUACUGACGACCCUGAAGAGUCCAAUGACGAUAGUUCAGAUGAUAACUUUUGUAAGGAUGAGGACUUCAGCACCAGCUCAGUGUGGCGCAGCUAUGCGACCCGGCGGCAGACCCGGGGCCAGAAAGAGAAUGGAUUGUCUGAGACAGCUUCCAAGGACUCCCGCCCCCCAGAUCUUGGACCCCCACAUAUUCCUGUUCCUCCAUCUUUCCCUGUAGGUGGCUGUAAUCCACCUUCCUCAGAAGAGACACCCAAAAAUAAGGUAGCCUCAUGGUUGAGCUGCAAUAGUGUCAGUGAAGGUGGCUUUGCUGACUCCGACAGCCGGUCAUCCUUCAAGACCAGUGAAGGUGGGGAAGGCCGAGUCUGGGGAGUCCGCGGGGAGGUUGAGAGGGCCUCCACUUCAGCACUGGGCAUCAAGGAAGAAGGGGACAUCAAGCCAACCAAGAAAGAGGACCCUGAUGACAGAAACAAGAUGUCAGUAGUUUCUGAAAGCUCUAGAAAUUACGGUUACAAUCCUUCUCCUGUGAAGCCUGAAGGACUUCGUCGCCCACCUAGUAAAACAAGUAUGCAUCAAAGCCGACGACUCCUGGCCUCUGCUCAGUCCAACCCUGAUGAUGUCCUGACACUCUCCAGCAGCACAGAAAGUGAGGGGGAAAGUGGGACCAGCCGAAAGCCCACUGCGGGUCAGACUUCAGCCACAGCGGUUGACAGUGAUGAUAUCCAGACCAUCUCCUCUGGCUCUGAAGGGGAUGACUUUGAGGACAAGAAGAACAUGUCUGGUCCAAUGAAACGCCAAGUAGCAGUAAAAUCAACCCGAGGCUUUGCUCUUAAAUCAACCCAUGGGAUUGCCAUUAAAUCAACAAACAUGGCCUCUGCAGAGAAAGGGGAGAGUGCACCUGUUCGUAAGAACACACGCCAGUUCUAUGAUGGUGAAGAGUCUUGCUACAUCAUCGAUGCCAAGCUUGAAGGCAACCUGGGCCGCUACCUCAAUCAUAGCUGCAGCCCCAACCUAUUUGUCCAGAAUGUCUUCGUGGAUACCCAUGAUCUUCGCUUCCCCUGGGUGGCCUUCUUUGCCAGCAAGAGAAUCCGGGCUGGGACAGAACUUACUUGGGACUACAACUACGAGGUGGGCAGUGUGGAAGGCAAGGAGCUCCUGUGCUGCUGUGGGGCCAUCGAGUGUAGAGGGCGCCUUCUUUAGAAGAAGACAACCUUUUCCAAAAUGUUUUGAAACCCCCGUGAGCUGUCCUUUCCUCAGGAAUUGGGUCUCCCUGACUGCUGAAUUCCAACCCCAAGUCUAUAGUAAUUCCUCCAGCUCCUAGUAGAUAGAAAUAGGGGUUCUGGAUCAGGAGAUCCCUUCCAAUUUGGUGCUAGCAGGCAGAGCCUUCACCCCUACAGUACUAAGGCGUGUGGAGAGAUUACCACUCUGACCUGGGCCUGACAUCCCUUCAGACCUUCUGUUGCUCAUUUCUCCCAUCCCACGUUCAAGUGUUCAUGCUUCCAGCAGACUUAUUCCUGGAAUGGGGGCUAUGUGUUUACCACCCCCAGUUUGUAUUGUAUUGUUAAUUGGAAGUCUUUUAACAAGAUGAUAAAAUUAAGAUU